GAUAACUGAUGUUUUGUUAGUUCGACAUUACGGAUUGGACGUCAGUUUGUUUUAAAAUGUUGAAGGUAGUGUUUUGUUUUGUACUUGUCAGUGCGGUUUUCGGCAAAUAUGUGGAUAAAAGAAAGUGUCCUGAAGUGAGGGCUGUUCCGCAUUUCGACCUUUCACAGAUUCUUGGUGACUGGUUCGUAGUGGAGUACUAUGCUAGCGAAGAGGAAGCCCUAUCCUACAGCUGUAUGCAAGCCGUCCUCUCCCAAGAUGAUCACGUUCAAGCUGAAGAUGGCACCGUAGAAUGGACCCCAGGUGUCACCAUGAACUUCACCUACCGCUUCGCAGAUGACCCUCUAGGGGAGAAUCUCCUUGGCAACAUCACUUGGCGCGUGGACCUCAACGAGCCCGCUCACUGGACUCAUUCUGAGAUCACCUACGACGGUAUAUAUAACACUUAUGUACUGGACACGGAGUAUAAGACUUGGGCGUUGCUUCUCCAUUGCGCUGAGCAGAGAGAGGGUGCUAGAUACCUGAGUGCCUUCGUUCUGUCCAGGAAAACGACGUUGCCCAAAAAUGUCAUGGCCUAUCUAAGGGAUAAACUGCCGAGAUACGACGUGGACGUAAAUUACGUGUUCCCAAUUUCGCACAACGACUGCAAAUCCCAACCAGCUCGUCCUGACUUCUCCCCGAUCCUGGUUGAAGUCAACAGCAAGAUCCCCAGGAAACCAGGAAUCAGUUACAAUAUUGGACUUGGUCACUAAAAGCAAAUUACAAUUUAUGCGCACAUCAUUUUAAGCACUCUUCAUUGCAUUAUUAGUGAUUUUGCUUCUUAGUUAACUUGCUAUAUAUGUCACCUGAUUAGGAAAGUUCUGUUCAUUAGGAGAUUAAAAUUUAUCGCAUAUAAUUAUGCAUAUUACAGCUCAUAUCAUCAUUCACUUCAACGUCGCUUUGUUUAUAAAUGUGCGUAGGUAUUGUUUAAAAAUAUCAUGAUUUUGUUACUUCAUUUGUUUCAGCAUUAAAUUACAAUUCUAUAGUAUGCGAUCACCUAGCAACACACAAUACAAAAGACGUAGCUCAUAUUGUAAAUAACAAAAUAUGAAUCAGUAAUGUAUUUACCCAAUAAGAUUUUAUAAAAAUAAAGGCAAUAACUGAUAUUAAAAGACUAGAAAAAGACUAUGAGUAAUUUAUGAAAUAAAAUGUUUACUUUAAA